CCUUAGUCAGUAUUCCUGGGACAAGACUCCUCCCGUUAAUUUAGACGCCACCGAUCACGGUGUGUCUAAUUUUUCUCAAUUUAUCUUCCAUGCUUUCUAUCACACCCUACACGUGUAGGAAAUGCUUGGUGCUUGUCAAGUCUUGACUCAGAUUCAGCAAAAUCGACAAGAUAGACUGUUGGAAUUGGAACGCAGCGAACAGGAGAAUGCACUGGAGCAGCAACGGAUCAGCGAGGAGUUGCUAAAAGAGAUUGCCAAUAUAGAAGUGAAACGCCAAAAACAGGCGAAGAUACGUCAAGAACUAAAUGAAGCCAAUGAUGAAAUGCGACGGAGACGUGAAGAGGAGAGGGAACGUGAUAGGUUGUAUGACCUGAAGAUUCUAGAAAUUCAGAAAGAAAAAGCCGUGAGUUAA